UUAGCUGUCCGCUUGUCUCCCCCUUCAAACGCAAAUUAAUAAACCCCUCCUCAUUUAUCUCUAUUCUCUUCACAAAACCAAACCAUUGUUGACAGUACUCUUCUCUGACCCCUAACUUCACACAAAAGAUUUCUAUAUAUCGUUUACACUUCCUCACACUAUAACAUAUACUAUUAGCUUCAAUAAUUCAACUUUUUUUUUUACUUUAGCAACGACCUUAUAUAUAUUUAUAUAGCUAGUUGAUUUAGCUCUAGUUAUAUAGGACCACAUUAAUUAUGGAAGCUCCAGAAUUGUAUAUCAACCAGAACAACAUGACCAGCUCCGCCGCAGGGGGAGGAGGAGAACAUUUCGCCGUCGAGGACCUCCUCGAUUUUUCCAACGAAGAAGACGCCAUCGUAACCGACGUCGAUGGACCUUAUUGCGAAAUCUCAGCCUUCCCCGGAAAUUCCACCGACUCAUCCACACUCAGAACUACUACCGCCAUCGCCGCCCUCGACACCAGCUGCAAUUCUUCCUCCUUCUCCGGUUGUGAGCCUAACUACCUCAACGAUUUCGGUUCCCGGAGAAUCGUCGAAGGCGGUCAGUUCUCCAGUGACCUCUGCGUUCCGUACGAUGACAUAGCCGAACUCGAAUGGCUAUCGAAUUUCGUGGAGGAAUCAUUCUCCAGCAACGACCUGCAGAGGCUACAACUUAUAUCCGGAAUCAAAGUCCGGACAACCACCGACGUAUCAUCCGAGACCGCCGCCAGAAACUUCCAACCCGAACCGAACCGGCACGGAACUAACCCCAACAUUUUCUUCAAUUCAGAGUUAAUGUCGGUCCCCGCCAAGGCACGCAGCAAGCGUUCCCGGGCCCCACCAUGCAACUGGACCUCUCGUCUCGUACUCAUGUCCCCAACAGCAUCGUUCAACUCACUUCCGCCGCCCGAAUCUUCCCAAGACGUCGUCGUGUCUGCUCCCCCCGCUCCAACUGGCCCUACUACUACUACUAUGGCCAAGAAAACCGUUAAGGGUGCCCCAAAAAAGAAGGAUGUUUCUGAAGUGGCUGAUAGCGGUGGGGAAGGACGGAAGUGUCUGCAUUGUGCCACCGACAAGACCCCGCAGUGGCGGACUGGACCUAUGGGCCCGAAAACCCUCUGCAACGCCUGUGGAGUGCGGUACAAGUCGGGCCGGCUAGUGCCAGAGUACCGGCCUGCCGCGAGCCCAACUUUCGUGCUGACGAAGCACUCAAACUCGCACCGGAAGGUUCUAGAGCUGAGGCGUCAGAAAGAGAUGGUCAGGUCACAGCAUCAACCGCAGUUCCUUCAUCAUCAUCGUCAACAUCACCAGAGCAUGAUGUUUGAUGCUUCCAACAACGGUGAGGAUUACUUGAUUCAUCAACAUGUGGGACCCGAUUUCAGGCAGAUGAUCUAGUGGGUGCUAGAGUAGGUAACAACAGAACAAGUACUAUAGUAGUAGUAGUGGUACUAUACUACUAGUUACUAAGAUAUUUUACUUGGCCACAGUUUUUUAAUUUUACUUUAUAGAGGGAGGAAAAAACAAUCAAUUUUUAAUUUCUCUAGCAAGCUAGGCAGUAAAUUUUCCCCUGGCUUAAUUUUGAAUUGUUAAUUUAGACAGUUUAUACGGUGGGUCGGAUUGAUUGGUAAAAUGUAUUUCUAAAAUGAAAAUCUAGGUUUAUAGUCUUAAAAGAUGUUUUUGAAAAUGUGAUUGAUUCAAAACCCGUGAGUUGUAUUUUAAUUUUAAAAAAUUGAAUA